AGUCUCUUCAUGAGAUCUGUUUUUAUCAGAAGUUGAGAAAUCUUAUAUUUCUCAAGAUCAUCUUUGCACACCUUGUCUGUGAAAUCAAUGAAGAGAAUCAUCAAUUUCAGUGUUCUGUUCUUAAUAUCAUUCAAGUAGCAGCAGAGUUCACUCUGAUAUAUACUGAUUAUUUAUUAAAUAAUAUUAAGAUAAUGACUUAUCACAGUUAUGUUAUUCUCACUGUAAGAGAUACACAGUUGAUGAUAAAUAUUAUGAAGACUCUAAGAAUAAUACUCUCUAUUGAAUUUUCAAUAAAUGAGCACUAUAUUAUGAUAUUAU